CGGGAACAGACUCGGAAGCGGGGUGCCCACUGCCCUGAGCCGCCAUGAUGCUUUCCUUGUUGACAUCACGCAAGCAAUGACAAAGUUGUGCCAGCUUAGAGGAAAGGCUCUGCUCAUUCAAAAUCCUGAUCUGCACCUGACCUGCAUAGGACCUCCAUUGCCACGUGGGCAGCCCAUGCUGACGUGCUUGUGUACCAUACAAAUUGGUUCUAGAGCACGAUCAUUAUGAAAUCUAGGAUUUUGGAGGAAGAGCAUGCAUGUGACUUUGAGAAAUUAUGCUGAAGGCCAGCUAAUGAAGAUAGCUUCCUCAAUUCUGGUUGCAAUGCAAUGUCCCAUGGUCUGAGGUCAGUAUGUGGCUGCGGUGGGGCGUUGCCCUGGGCGCAGGAGCGGUUGGCGUGAAGCUUGUUAAUCGCUCUAAAGCAAGGCCCGAUAUUUUGGAUGAGGACGUGGAAGAUGUUCAUGCCAGUAAUGAAGACUCGUCGCCUCGGGGUCAUCGAGACCCCAAUCCGUUGGAGGCGCUUGUCGAGUUGCUGGCAAGGGGGGUCAAUUCUAUUGAAGGGGGGGCAGGCCAUGUCCGGCGAGUAUUCAACCGCCGUAAGCAGAAGAAAAAGGACGAUCCAGAAUACUUUGACUACGAUGAUGCGGCAUGGGCGGAAGCCGAGAACCAGCGGUGGGGCAGGUUUUGGGGUCACAAUGUGACAUCCGAUGUCACCAGCUCAGAUGAUGUGAAUGGGGUCAGGUCUGCCCCGCACCGGCAUCAUGUGCUGCAUCCCAAAGCAGAGGGUGAAGAGGACGAGACCACUGUCCGAGAGGUUUUUGUCAAUGAGCGUGCCCCUGACACCUCUGUCGUGCCUGGUCACGAUAAGGCUGGCAGCCAGAGUCUGUCUAGCUCGUUCGAUGCCCCGGCCUCGGUUUCCUCCCUCAAACCUGAGGAGUUUGCCGCGCUCCUCCUUGCCGAGCAGGCGGAGGCCGUGCCUGGCUGGCCGCAAGACUCGCUCUUGGACGGUGACUCCAAGGAGCGGACCAAGGGGGUCCCCGACAUAGCUGACGCCGUGGCCGCACUGUGUGAGAAAGAGGAGAGAGUCAAGCAGGAGGCGGCAGAGAUUGAGCGGCUCAAGGUGGUGCUGGCCAGCUUAGAGGCCAAGGAACAGGCGCUGGCGCGCAAGGUCGCAGGGGAAGGGGAGGCAGAGGCGGAGGAAGAGGAAGAGGCGGAGGAUGUGCCUCAAGUAGAGGGAGACGGGCUGUCCCCCUUUGAUGACCAAGAACUAGAGCUGUGGGAGCUGCGCCACGAGGUGGGGCGCCUCAAUGACCGCGAGUCACAGCUGGCGGCGGAGGUGGAGCGACUUAGAGACCGGGAAGAAGAACUCGCGGACCAACUCCCCGCGCCUGGCGAGGUGGACGCCCUGACUGCCAGGAGCAAGGCGUUGGCCGCAGAGGCAGCAGCCCUGCGACGUGAGGUGGCGCAGGCGCAGGCACGUGAGCAGGAACUACAGGCGCAGCUUGGGGGCAAGGGCGGGAAGGAACUGCUGCUGGAGAUUGAGGUGCUCAAGCGUCGCGUGGACGAUUACCAGCAGCGCGAGAGGGCCAUCGAGCACCGCGAGGAGCAGAUGACGAAGAGGGUCGAUGCCAUCAAGGACUUGGAGAUGGAGUUGCUGGGGUGCCGGCGGCAGAUCAAGGAGCUGAGCUUGAGCAAGCGCAAGAUGAGCAUGCAGGUGCAGGAACUAGAGGGGCAGGUGCGCAAGCUGGCCAACCUGCAGGACACUGAGGAGAUGCUGCGCAAGGAGGAGGAGAACGCAGCGCUGCGCCACGCCUACGACGACAUGCAGGCGCAGGUGGAAGGCCUGCAGAUGAAUCGCUUCUCGGAGGUGGAGGAGCUGGUAUAUCUACGCUGGGUGAACGCGUGCCUGCGCUUUGAGCUGCGCAACUACAAGGGCAUGUCAGAGGCGCUCACACUGAACGCAAGCCUGAGCCCGCGCUCUCAGGAGAAAGCCAAGGGCCUCAUGAUGGAGUAUGCCUACCCGCAGCGCAGCCUCACCGCGUCCGAAAACGGGGACGAGAGCGAGAGCGGUGUCUCGGGCAGCGAGAGCGAGGGCGUCGGCGGCUGGGGCGCGGCGCUGCUGGACGCGGGCAAGAAGAACAAGGGCUUCUUUGCGAAGCUGCGCGAGCGCAAGGCGGACGUGCGCAAGAUGGGCAGCCUGGAGACGCUUCUGGGGGAGCGCAAGGACGAGUCCGCCGAAAUCACGACAUACGGGGCCAAGAAAGAGGACGAGCAGCCCGCAGACGGCCCCGAAUCAGCGACACCGAACCAGGGCAAAUCGAGCGAGGGUGCGAAGGACCGGCGGUCGGACACGAGCGAGAGCCUGAAGCUCAUGUCCAAGAGCGUGGCCAACAGCAGCAUGAGCGAGAAGUACCCCCCCUUCAAGGUGCGCUCCGACAUGGCGCUCUCCCGCCAGGCCGCCACCAGCUCCAUGGCCGCCGCGCAGCGCGCCUCGCGCCGCGGAGGGGCCAAGAGCCGCCUCCCCCCCAUGGAGGUCGUCAAACGGCCCACCCGAGUGCCACGCCCACCUCCCCGCCCCUCCGCGGGGGGUCCCCCAGCACCCGGGGUGCCAAAGGCAAAGCUCGUGGGGCCAGAGGGUGCUCCGCCGCCCCCUCCUCCACCCCCCGGAAAAGGUGGGCCCCCUCCACCACCGCCGCCCCCCGGGGCGCCUGGCGGCAAGCUGGCGCCCAUUCACACCAAGGACGGCGUGCAGAGGGCGCCCGAGGUUAUCCAGCUGUACCAGUCGCUGAUGAGAAUCGGGCGGGGUUACACUGGGGAGGGCGGAAUCAGCGGGCCGGGCAUGGAUGUCGACGGAGCGCGCGGAGAGAUGGUGGCGGAGAUCGAGAACCGGUCGUCCCACCUGCUCGCGAUCAAGGCGGACGUGGAGGCGCAGGCGGACUUUGUGAAGAGCUUGGCGCAAGAAGUGCGGGCCGCGGAGUACGACAGGAUCGAGGACGUUGUGGCCUUCGUCAGCUGGCUCGACGAGGAGCUCUCCUUCCUGGUGGACGAGCGUGCGGUGCUGAAGCACUUUGACUGGCCGGAGGGCAAGGCGGACGCUCUGCGGGAGGCCGCGUUCGAGUUCCAGGACCUGGGCAAGCUGCAGCGCGAGCUCGAAAACUUCGAGGACGAUCCCAACGUGCCCGUCGAGGUGUCACUACAAAAGAUGUUCGCCGUUAUGGAAAAGGUGGAGCCGAGUAUUUAUGCGUUGCUGCGGACGCGCGACAUGGCCAUCGCGCGGUACCGCGAGUUCGGCGUGCCCGUGUACUGGAUCCAGGACAGCGGCGUGGUGGGCGCCAUCAAGAAGGCCUCGGUCGGCCUGGCGCGCAAGUACAUGCAGCGCGUCGCGCGCGAGCUGGACCAGUACACCACCACGGACGCCGCCGGGGAGAAAGCGCCCGUGCACGACUUCCUGCUGCUGCAGGGCGUGCGCUUCGCCUUCCGGGUGCACCAGUUUGCUGGCGGCUUCGACUCCGACAGCAUGCGAGCGUUCGAGGAGCUGCGGAACCGGGCGCAUGCAAAGGUGGAACAGAAUGCCAGAAACACUGCGACCCAAUCAAUCGCGGAAGAUGCGGAGGUCCCGGUAGAAAACAGUGAAGCGGCCAGCUAGGGGCCGAUUCAGUUUGGCCGAAACUAGCAGCCCGCUAGUCGACGCCUCUGUACCAUGAGCUCAUGUUGAGCUACGGUAGGAAACAUGCAAGGCGAUGCAGAGCACACCAGAGCGCCUUGAGCACAGUUACAAUCAGUCCUGACGGCCCGAGUUGAACCCACUCACUGACAGCCCUUUCCUGUACGUGUCUGUCCUGUUUCACUGUCUUCCGCGUGUUGUGUUGAGCGUCGAAGGUCUUAGGUAGAGGUCUCAGUUGGGGGUUUGAGCCUGCGUAGCUCUGUCGGGAAGGGUCAACAAGCAACAAACCAGCAAUCCGUGCGUUGUAUCAAAGUCAAGCGCGCCACAUUUCAAAAAGAAGGACGCAUCAGUGCCUUAUUUACUGAAGCUGGUGCUGACCAUUGUUAGAACAGCCCUCAUAUGUCCCCCAGUACCUCCAUGUGGAGGGUGUGCGUACGAUUAUGGUACUUUCCUGUUGUGUAACACCCUGAGUCACGUUGAUAGUCGCGCGGCCAUUUCCAUGGCCAUAUGGUCCA